AUGACCAACAACUGUUCGUUUGCAGCCGUGGAUGAGCUGAUGAAACAAUUGGAGCUUGCCAUCUACAUUCCCAUUUUCAUCAUCGGUUUGGUCAGCAAUGUCGGAGCCCUGGCUGUGUUCUGCUACGUUCUUCCCAAAUGGACCGAGACGACGAUCUACAUGACCAGCCUGGCACUUCUGGACCUUCUGCUCCUCUUCCUGCUCCCCUUUAAAAUGCACGCCACCAACCACAUGUGGCCUCCUCAUCUGCAGACGCUUUGCUCGAUCCUGGAAUGCCUGUAUUUCUUUGGGAUCUACGGCAGCAUCUAUACCAUCAUGAGCAUCAGUGUGGACCGCUGGAUGGCCAUAUGUCACCCCUUUAAGGCCAAGCAGAGGCGGUCGCGCAGAAAAGCCCUUGGUAUAAGCGUGGCUGUGUGGGCUCUGGUCUCGGUGGUCACCUCGACAACCACUUCCAGUUUCAGACAAAGUACGGGACACACCAGCAUCCACUGCUUUCACAGUUUCUCUCCCCGCGGGUGGAGGCCGGUGGUGAUUGUCUGCGUGGAGGUGUUGGGGUUCCUGGGGCCUGCUGUUGUGGUGGUCUUCUGCUCAGUGAGGACUAUCCGGGCGCUGCAAAGGUCGGAGCAGCGUAGUGCACAGGGAAGGGCCUGCAUCCGGUACGUUUACAGCAGCUUGUGUGCCUUCCUGCUGCCGCUGACCCCCAGCCACCUGGCCAUUCUGCUGCAGUUUCUGGUCCACCAGGGCGUGAUAGAGAAGUGCGGCUCUCAGGCGGCCAUCAGUCUGUUCCUGCAGCUCGCUCUGUGUCUGUCCAACGUCACCUGUUGUCUGGACGCUCUGUGCUACUACUUCAUCACUGCAGAGGUGAAGAGCAGCCGCCUCAGCUCCACCUUCGCCAUCCACAGGAGAACCGCCUGCAGCAGCUCCGAGCUCUGA